AUGGGGCGGCGCAAGUGUCCCGGAGAGGCCUUGGCGCUGCGGACUCUGGGGCUGGUCCUGGGGACAUUGAUCCAAUGCUUCGACUGGGGCACGGUUGGAGGCGCCCUCAAAGUUGACAUGACCGAAGGGUCCGGGCUCACUCUCCCGAGGGCCGUUCCGCUCGAGGCCAUGUGCAAACCGCGCCAAGUCAUGCUUGAUGUCCUUCAGAAGCUGUGA